ACUGCAAUGUUACAUUCAGGUGGUCAAGCCGCAGAUACCCGCAUUCAGGAGUAGCGUGAGAAUAAUUUUAUUAUGUUUUAUUUUUAUUAUUUUAUUAUUUCCCUUCUACGUGACUUUACCGAAAGAACCAAGAAGAUGAGUAGCGGAGUGUAUCGCUGUAAUGUCUCCUUCGUAUUUGUGGAUUGGCGCAUUGUGUCGUUAUACAUUGUACAGUCUGUUCUGGAUGACCACAGUCGCACACUACUGGAGAGUUUUCCAUUUUCCAUUUGUGCAUCAGGUAUCAUCCGCAUCCACUGCCAUGGUUUGUGCAGUGGAUGCAGUUUAGGGUGGACCAUGAGCUUGUUCGCGGUAGUCCGGUUCUGAUUUUCACUCCCACCAUAACCACGACGCUCCGGGUUGCCCGGGCCGAGUUCCACCCCUGGUGGCGACCCUGGCACCACACGUCCAUGAGCCAUUGCAUUGAGGGACUGCUCCUGUGUGGAGUUAUCUUGGUGUGGUCUGGGACUGUUGUUUGUUUUUACCGACUUUCUCAAGCUUGGUAAAUCGGAGUUAUAUAAUAAAAAAUAUUUACGUAUUUAUAUUUAGAGACUUGAUUACCAUUUUCUCUAUUUUGCACUAUCGUUUUUGUUGUUGAAAAAGAGCUUCAUAGCUCAUCAGAUUCCUACUGCAGGCUAAAUAAAUUGAUUCAGAUUCUGAUUGGCGAUGCUUUUUGUAAACAAACCCGUGGGGUGGAAUCAACUCGUUUGCAAUGGUUCCACAGGGUGUUAAUAGACACACAAACAUUGGGGAUACUGGCCUUAUCUCUAGGAACAUGGAAUUUCCACCACUGGUCCAGAACACGCAAGGAUGUAAACGUCUCUGUGCUUUGGCCCGCGUCUCACACUGUGCCCCCACCCCACCUCCCUCCCCAGCUCUCGAGGUGGGGGAGGGGGGCGGAUCGCAUGGAGCCUCUCGUUGGACACUGCGACCCCCUUCGACCCCCGGGCUCAUGCUCCCCACCAGUGACCUCGGCACCUGCUCUGGGUGCAGCACGAAACUGCUGGUCCCGGAGAACGGUGGUGCACCGGCCCUGCAAGCCCCGCGCAGCGACGCUCACGACCCCCCGUGGCGGUGGCGGCAACAUCGGGGUCGCAUGGGGUACGGGCUCCUGGAACCACCUCGACCUCCCCGAGGAGCCCUCGGCCUCUUGGAGCACGUGGCGGCCGCUGUGCCGGGCCCCGUCUCGGUCCUGCGAGAGCCUUCCCUGUGGCGAGGGGAGCGGCGGGAGAGGCGAGACAAGGAGACGGACGGCGAGGCGCUGGAAUAGUGGGGGGGAGCGCUGCUUGUGGUGCUGGUGGCGGUGAAAUAGGUGGUUUCGGUGGACGUGGAAGACGAGGUGGUGGUGAUAGUGGAGGAGACAGUGGAGGUGGUGAACGUGUUGUUAUUAGUCAUAGGAGUGGAGGAGAUGGUGAUGCCGAGGAGGAGUCGGUGAGGAGCUCUCACACUGCCGUGCGCGGUUCGCUCGUGAGCUGGCUCGUCCAGGAGAUCCCCUUGGAGCCAAACCCAAGUGACCCCUCCGCCCCGAGCACCAAGCAGGGCUCCCCGCACAACUCCAACCUCACCACUGCGCCGCCCAUCCCCGACAUGCACCUCCUUCACCUCCCAUUAUCGCGCGCAUCUUCCACCUCGUCGUCGUCAUCGUCGGACGACGACGACGAUUAUUCCGGGACCCCCGCGGUGGCAGAGAGGCCCGCGUCAGCUUCGGGGCCCAGGGUUGGAGGGAAGAGGGCAGCCCUGGGGCGUCUGGUGAACGGGGUCCUGGGGGCCCUGGUUUCCCCCGAGCGCCUCCUCCACCACAGGGUCAGGGUCCUGAUGCGGGACCCGGCCACACGGCUCGGGGAGCUGGCGUGCCGCUUCAGGGCCCGCGUAGGGCAGGAGGUCGCCGCGGUGGAGGCGACGAAGGCAGCGGCCACGCCAAGCAGGGCCAGCGAGGACGAGCAGAGGGGCGAGGAGCGUGGGGACGAGGGAGAUGGCGAGGUGGAGGCGGCUGAGGAGGAGGAGACAAGCACCACCUUCUUGCAGGAGUUGGGCGCCGCGCUCGCCGACAUCCGGGAGGAAAUGUCGGCGUCGCAGGAGCUGGAAUCCGGAGUCUUGCAGCUACUACCGGAGGAGAGCCGAGAGUCGGUGCUAGAGUCGUGCCUGGCCGCCUGCCUGCUGCGCCCGCUUCACGGCGCCAUCGUCGCCUGCCUGGAGGCCCGGCGAGGUCUCGACGGCUCAGCUUCCCGGUUGGCCCGGGGCCUCCGGGCGGCACGCGGCGGGCCCUGCCCCUGCAUGUGGUGCGGUGGGGAGCGGCCCCUGGCCCCCCCCAGCGUAGAGGGAGUGAGGAGGACUCUGGCGGCGAUGGGGCAAGCGUACGCGCCGCACGGCAAGGUGGCACGUCUGCUGGCGGCCUGCAGGCUCGUGUACGACGCCAUGGGCACGGCCACCAGCCGGGGGGAGGCGCUGGGCGCCGAUGACUUUGUGCCGGCGUUGGUGCACGUGGUGUCACGCGUGGAGCUGCCGUCACUCAUCGUGCAUGUGCUCUACGCCAUGGAGAUGAUGAAUCCGCUCGCCCUGCACGGGGAGGGAGGCUACUACCUGACUACGAUCUACGGGGUCCUCUUCAUGCUAGAGCGGGAGCCGAGCGGUGGCCGCUGCGAGCGGCGGGGCCUCAGCCGCCGGGCCCAGCGCUCGCUGCACAGCUGGGAGCGCAGGCGCACCGCCAGGCUGGCGCGCCGCUGAUGGGGCCCCACUGGCCGUGAUAGUGCGGGGCGGGGGACACCCCCGCCCACAAUCGCGACAAUAA